UUGCAUUACGCCUUGCGCGCGAAUCUUCAACUACGAGCUAAGGCACUCGUUCUUAUUUAUGCGAUUGUCGAUGGAAGUGAUUUGUGAUGCGGUGAACUCCGAUUAGCCCGCGUGAACCAAAAGAUUGAUAAGGUCAAUCCAUAGCAUAACAAAUAAAUCGCACAUGUCUUACGAGAGCGUUAUAUAAUCGAUUUUCAAAAAUCCUGGAGCAAUCUUUUCUCAAGAGGAAAAUUUAGUUUUGAAAUUUCCAAUUUUUCUCCGUUGCAGAUUGUUACUCAACGUCAUAUCUCAGGUGCGAGAUCAACGCGAAAGUUUUCCUCGUUGCCUAUUCCGCGUACAACAGAAACGACGAAGCGUUCUCUGAUAAAAUUCAAGUGAUAAACGCACGUAUCGUACGUGACACACGUACCGAUCUGAAAGAGGAAGCGAAAGAGAGAAACAAAGAGACAGACAGAGAGAGAGAGAGAGAAAGACUGGAAGAGAGGGAAAUAGCCAAGUGUGAUGUUGGUGGUCGAAGCACGUGCAAUGUAUUUGUGAACCUGUCAUCUGCUUUUGCUUACGAUGACGUAAAUGUUAUCGGCGAAUCUCAUCUUGCACGGAGGCUGUGUAACAUUGUCGUACUCGGCGGAGACUCGUCGUUCCAUAAACUCAAGUGUGAUAGUGGUUACCACUUAUCAUCACGGCACGCGUGUCUCGUCCGAUACAAUUUCCCGCAUCGUUCCUCUAAAUAUCGAAUAAUUCACGCGACUUGUGAUUGAUAAGUGGAGAAUCGCAAGAAUCGUUCCGCCGCAACGGACGACCGGUAACCCGGUCGCCUGAUAUCGUCCAAACGCGCCUCUUCGAAGAGGCCAUACGUUGACGUACCGCGGGGGGCCUCGGGGGCGAGGACAGGCGAUGUGUAUUUUUAGUACGGUCUAAAAUCGUAGCUCUCCUCUACGAGGUUCGCGAGUGGUUUUCGCAUCCUCCGGACCAAGUCACGCCGUCGGAGUCGCGCCGAUCGCGUCGAGGAGAUCGCCGGUUGGCGAUCUCGGAUCCCGCGUUGUAUCCAGUCCAGUCGCAAGCUCCGGACUUGAUCGGGUCUCGCAGCUUUUUUUUCUGGUUAAAAAGCUCCCCCGGCCUCGUUCUCGGGCAACAAAUUAGCUAUGAGGCUGAUAAGAUACGCUCGCCGACACAAUUUGAUUUCAAAAGUUACGCGAUAAUCGCGCACCGGCAUCGUCAUUGUGGACGGUAUAUUUGCGAUAUUGAAUAAUUCAUUAUUAAAGCAGAGGAGGCGGGACCUCACGUUAUUACUCCAGCGGAUUUAAUUGCGAUGCUACUGACGUUCCGUGAAUUUCAUUUCCUUGUCGCGGCGCAGUCGUGUUAAGAACGUCGGUAGCUGGAAGCAAGUGUGCUGAUACUGCGUUUCAACGUUUGAAUUAAGAGCAUUGUGACCAUUUUGCGUCUGCUUGCGGCAAACGGUGUCACAAAAGACAAAUGUCUGCGAAUCGGAGAGAUAGAUGUAAAGUGUGUCUCUUCUGCUAGAACAGUUUCUGCUAUUAAUAAUCUGUCGCGCGAUGACGAGAUACAAACAGGCCGAAUUCGAGGAUGAGGACAGCAGCAGCAUCGGCUCGGUCGCCCUGAACAGCGAAGGCAUCAGCACGUCCGCCACGCACAUACGAUAUCACUCGGGUACAACAUUGUGGAAGGCGAGGAGCAUUCUGGAGAGAUGCCUCCUAAUAAUUUGUGCUAUUUUACUGCUGACGAUCGUGGUGCUCGCCAUCGUGAUCAGCAGCAGGAAUGGCUGGGACGAGGCCCAGAUUCUUCACGUCACCUCUCACGGGGAAGAUGGUACGCAUUGCCUGACGGAACACUGCGUGACGGUCGCAGCAUCCAUAAUCAACAGCAUAGAUUAUUCCGCCGACCCGUGCGGCGAUUUCUACGAAUAUGCCUGCGGCGGCUGGCGAAAGAAAAAUCCCAUUCCGGACGGAAAGAGCGUCUGGGGUACCUUCGGCAAGCUGGAGCAGGAUAAUCAGCUGGUCGUCAAGAACGUUCUCGAGAAACCAUUCAGCGAGAUGAAGUCGAAGGCCGAGAAGAAGGCGAAGUACUACUAUCAGUCAUGCAUGGACGCGAACGAGACGAUCGAGGAGCUCGGCGCCAAGCCGAUGCUGGAGCUGCUGGAGAUCAUCGGCGGCUGGAACGUAUCCGGCAAGUUUGACGUGAACACGUGGUCGCUGCAGAACAGCAUGCACAUACUGCAGAACGUGUACAACAUGGGCGGCUUGUUCUCCUGGGCCGUGAACGAGGAUGACCGCAACAGUAGCAGACACAUAAUCCAGAUCGAUCAGGGAGGCCUGACGCUACCCACCGCGGACAACUACCUCAACGUGACGGAACAUGGAAAGGUCCUGGCUGCCUACUUGGACUACAUGACGAAGAUCGGCGUGCUCUUAGGUGGCGAGGAGAACUCCACGAAGAGGCAGAUGCAGGAUGUAAUCGAUUUCGAAACGAAGCUCGCAGAGAUCACCACGCCGCCCGAUGAGCGCAGGGACGAGGAGAAGCUCUACAAUCUCAUGUCGUUGAGCGAUUUGCAGCGCAGAGCGCCUUUCAUGUCGUGGGUGGAUUACUUCCAAAACGCCACGCGCCUCGUAAAUAAGAAGGUCAACAGCAAAGUGAUGAUCGUGAAUUUUGCACCGGAGUAUUUCGUGAAAUUGACGAAGCUUGUACAGCAGUACAAUAAGACAACUAAUGGAAAGAUAAUACUGAAUAACUAUCUGGUUUGGCAGACCGUGAGGUCCUUGACGGCGUGCCUGUCGAAGCCGUUCCGUGACGCUUACAAGGGCUUGCGGAAAGCCCUGCUAGGCUCCGAGGGUCACGAGGAACAAUGGCGUUACUGUGUUAGCGACGUCAAUAACGCCAUGGGUUUCGCCAUCGGCGCGAUGUUCGUCAGAGAGGUUUUCCACGGCAAGAGUAAACCCAUGGCGGAAGAAAUGAUCGAUCAGGUUCGCAAGGCGUUCACAAAGAACUUGAAAAACCUCGAUUGGAUGGACGCGGAGACGAGGAAGGCUGCCGAGGAGAAGGCGAACGCCAUCACCGACAUGAUUGGCUUUCCAGAUUUCAUUCUGCAACCCAGUGCGCUCGAUGAGCGUUACCGAGACCUGGUGAUUAAGCAGUAUGAAUAUUUCCAGAACAACCUGCGCGUGAAUAAGUACAAUUUAAAGAAGAAUCUCGAGAAGUUCGAACAAGAGGUGAACAAGACUACCUGGAUCAUGACGCCGCCAACCGUGAACGCUUAUUACACGCCUACUAAGAAUCAAAUCGUCUUCCCUGCCGGAAUACUUCAAAGUCCGUUUUACGAUAUGGAGAACCCUAACAGUUUGAACUUUGGCGGCAUCGGCGUCGUGAUGGGACACGAACUAACGCAUGCUUUCGAUGACCAAGGUCGGGAGUACGAUUUGCAUGGUAAUUUGCAUCAAUGGUGGAACGACGCUACGAUAGAGCGAUUUAAGAACAGAACGGAGUGUUUCGUGGAACAAUAUAGUCAGUAUCAAGUACAAGGCCGGCACGUGAACGGCCGACAGACGUUGGGAGAGAACAUCGCCGACAAUGGAGGCCUUAAGGCGGCGUAUCACGCUUACCUUUCGAUGCCUAAAAGCUACAAGGAUCAACUGCCGCUACCCGGUCUCAACCUGACGCAUCGCCAACUGUUCUUCCUGAAUUUCGCACAGGUUUGGUGCUCCGCCAUUACAUCCGAAGCGGUGACCCUUCAAAUCGAGAAGGACUCACACAGUCCACCCAAGUACAGGGUGAAUGGACCACUUUCGAAUCUGCCAGAGUUCGCGAUGGAAUUCAACUGCCCUAAGGACUCGAAGAUGAAUCCGGGCCACAAGUGUGAGGUGUGGUAACGCCUCGUGCUUCCACCCACCGCCGAUUCGAUCGAGAGGACAGUUCGGUUAAACUUGAUUUCGUGCAGCAUCGCGAUGCGAUCGCAGGGACUUCCAAGCGCCGUUGCGUGAAGAAGAACACACGUCACAGAACACGAGACUUGCAUCGGACUGUGCGUUUCCUUUUUCGACUCCGUCACGUGUCACCGCGAAAACUGGCUACUUUGCGUUAAAUUUUGCAUGUUUUUUUUUCUCAUCAUAUUAGCAAAUUUCUCUGCCGGUUUUAAAAUGUACGUUGUCAGGGAGAAUUCUCGUUUGUCAAAGAGAUACUAGGACUAUUAGAUGUAUUUCUUUUAUUAUUUUACUAUUAGCUGUAUACGCUGAAGACGUAUUGCGAUCUAUCGCUCCCUUUGGCCUUGCCAAGCGAAGGAUUGUCAACCAUGGUUUGUCGAGAUCAACGGAAGCGUUUAAAGUCGACUGGCAGCAUCGAGAACCGCAGAAAUAUUCUCAAGUUUUUCACUUUUAUACAUGGAAUCAGUAUUACAAUAAUGCUCGGUCGAAUCAAGCGUGCAAAGCGAUAGUAUUGAGGGACGGACGAUGAACAGAACUGAUAAUAAAAUGAAUAGAGAUAAAUAGAGAUUGGAUCUGCCGUUAACUUGGAAGACGAUAAUUUUUUAAAUUCACUUGUAACUUAUUUUCGUUCAUCUUAAAUCUCGGUCGGCGGGAAUGUCUUACUGUCUUACCAACACCAGCAGUAUUUAUGACAAUGUAUUAACUGAUUGAUCUGUUAAUUUAUAAAAUAGUUUAGAGAAGCAAUGUAUAAUGAUAAAUUUAAAAGAGUGAAACAGUAAGAGAGUCUCGCAAACUCGAUUCUCAUUUUUUCCACAUUGCGAAAUACAUUUCGCUGAAAGAAGUUGAGCUAAACCAGCAUGAUUAUUUGGCAUCUCGACAUCAAUCAGUCGUAAUCGAUGUUUAGGAGCGCAAGCGUUACUUUGCUUUCGACGAUCUCGGCAAGCCGAUGGUUGAACACGAGUGGGAUACCGUUCUUUCGCAGGCAGGAUCUACUAGUGUUUUAUGCUUGAGAAGCUCGUUCUAUAAGAACUAUUUUCGACUAGCUAGACGGAAUCCGGACGUUGAAGCCGCGGUAACGCGAUACGCUGCACUGACACACCGUAUCGCUGAUGUCGAGGAAAUUUUUUUAAAUGUGCUUAAUUGUAUAUUUUGUGUCAUACAGUGCAUAUUUCAUAUUCGUGUAAAACACCUUUUGGCUCUUCCGUCUGACUGGAAAACCAUUUUUAUUAAAAAUAGUGCAAUUAAAAAAGAAAGAGGAAAAAAUUCGACGUUGCAAACGUCAAAUUUUUGUGAAUCAGACGCCACUCUCACGAAUUGUUGAAUUUUCUUCGGAAUUUUGAACAUAGAAAGAGAUAUUCUGUAAACUCGACGUGCAAUUACUGAUUGGGAAGAUUAAAUAUUGUAUUUUAUUGUGCAGUGAUCGAUGAUUCUCAGAGAUGAUAUUAGAGAUAAUGUUCGCAUAAGGGUAUCUGCGAAAUGUCGUUUGACUUGAUCUCACGCUUACGCAGAAUUGUCGGAAUAUAUUCCCACGUAUGUAUAUUUUUUUCUUAGUUCAGAGUUACGAAACGUUUUAUUGAUGAAUUAAGAGUUUAUGACGUUUUAUUGAUGAAAGUUGAACGGAAAAUGUAGAUAAUGUGAUUUUCCGAUUGAGAAAUUUACGUGUUCACAGCAGAAUGGGCCGUGGACCUUUGUUAAUUACUAACUCUUUGAAGUUCCGAUCGUUUGCCGUGUUCUUAGCUUACCUGUAUUUGCUCAUUAUUUUCAUGAGUGCGCACAAAACUUCUAGCUCGCUUCUUGAGAAAGAUAAAUUGAGAAAUGAAUCUGAAGGUCGAAGAGGAAUUUCGAAAUCUCAUUAAUGAAGUGUGAUGUAUCUGUGAAUCCAUGUAGCGUGCCAUGUCCUUUUACAUGUAUUUCUCUGUGUCACGAAUUUCAUUCCCUUUAUCGUAGCAAUAUUGCAGCUCAAACAAACUUCUUAAAAGAGACGCCAAAUCAAAACUCGCUCAUUUUUGACACAUAUCGGAAAAACACCGAGACCAAACUCCUCCGUGCAACAAUUUUCCAUAAAAGAAACAGGAUAUAUAUUAUAGGUAAGCGCGAAACGUCAUUGUACACCACGCGAGACACUUAUUAUUGAUGCACUUUUUAUUAAUUAAUUUAUUAUACAAUAUUUCAAUUUAACGUACAAUGCUCCAAUAAUUACCGUGACAUUCGUGUAACGAGCGCGGCCGCAGACACAAGAUCAUCCAUAACGAUCGGAAUGAGUUCUUCCUCAGGUUGCACCAUCGAGACGCUGAGGAAACCCCCCCAUUGGAACGUCAUAGUGGUAAUCCUAAAAGUCUAUCUUCGUACACAUCGAAAUCAUACCUACGCGUCUCUCUUCGUUUCUUUUCCUUUUUUCUAUCGAGUAGAGAGAUAGGCGAGACUCGUUUCGUUGGAAAACCCUCCGGGGAAUAUCUUAGGCCAGAAAAUAAUCAAACACAGUUAAAUACAUUUUUAUGCUCGAGGAGAAUACGAUAUAUUUCGCAAGAUAAGGGAACGCUGAGGUCCACGUUGGACAUCUUAGGAUUAAGUUUAGGAUCCCUAAUAGAAUUAAACCAGUCGUGGAGAUCGAUAAUGCGGAAGCGGGGAAUUACUUAAAAGAUAUCUGUCGAGACACUUCGUCUAUUAGGAUUUCGCUCCUCGCUGAAAAUCGUCCCAGCCAAACUAUCUCUCCUCGCUUCCGUAUUCCUUCUGAAAAAUCAAAGUUGCGGGACACCGCGUAAGAAGAAGCCAAAGUUUCUCUAACUGUAACGUAAGAUCUGUAUAGGCCUUAAAAUAUCUGAUGCCGAUGCAUAACGCAUUUGUAAAUGUCCGUUGUUUAUAAUAAUUGUGAAUAACAUAAUAUUGUAGCGACGAGAGAGAGAAUGAGAGAAAGAGGGAGCUCCGUUGCAUCGGAUUGCACGUUGCAAUUCUAGAAGGAAUCCGCGUACGGAUUGGCGUAACGCGGAAGAUGUGUCGGUCACAGUGACGAUGUUCGCCAUGAUUAUUUUUCUGUAUUGUAUACUAUGUACUACGCUAUCAAGAUUAAACGAGGCGAAGCAACCCUUCACGCUCGCUGCUAAAA